AUGUCGGGGAGCGUGCUGAGACUGGGGUCGGUGUCUCCAGUUUCGGACCCGAUUUAUGCCCAGCAGGUACCGCUCCUGCAGCACCACCCCAUGGCAGAGUCCUUUGCAGGCCUGCUUCUGAAACACCCCAGUCGUUUCCUCGAAGGUCUUUCGUUGUUCCCCGCGUCGAGGCUGGUGUUGCACUGGUUGCACCAGCUCGGACCCUUCAGGGAAACGGCGUUUCCCUAUGAAUACAGAGAAUUAGCAGUUACUGCCACACCUUUCUUCCCAUCACCAGUGUUUCUUGGAAUUGGACAGAUGGCAGCCACUAUACUUAUUUUGUAUGUGUCAAAAUUAAAUAAGAUUGUUCACUUCCCUGAUUUUGACAAAACUAUACCUGUAAAGUUGUUUCCUCUGCCUCUGAUUUAUGUUGGAAACCACAUAAGUGGAUUAUCAAGUACCAGCAAACUCAGUUUGCCGAUGUUUACAGUGCUCAGGAAGUUUACCAUUCCACUUACUUUACUGCUGGAAAUCAUCACUUGGGGGAAACGAUACCCACUGAGUAUUAUAGUCAGCGUAUUUGCCAUCAUUCUCGGGGCUUUCAUAGCAGCUGGGUCAGAUCUGUCUUUUAAUCUGGAGGGCUACACGUUUGUGUUGCUAAAUGAUAUCUUCACAGCAGCCAAUGGAGUUUACACAAAGCAGAAAAUCGAUCCAAAGGAGUUGGGAAAAUACGGUGUCCUUUUCUAUAAUGCUUGUUUCAUGGUGGUUCCAACAGUUAUUAUUAGCUUUUCUACUGGAGACUUUCAGCAGGCAACGCAUUUCCAGCACUGGACAAAUUUUUUAUUUGUCUUUCAAUUUCUUCUUUCCUGCUUUUUGGGGUUUCUCUUGAUGUAUUCUACUGUCCUAUGCAGUCAUUACAAUUCUGCGCUUACAACGACAGUAGUUGGUGCCAUCAAGAAUAUAUCCAUUGCUUACAUCGGAAUGUUGAUUGGUGGAGAUUACGUAUUCUCUGUGUUAAACUUUAUAGGGCUAAAUAUUUGUAUGGCAGGAGGACUGAGAUACUCGUUUUUAACCUUAAGAGGAAACAGCAAGCCUACGCAACCUGGGGAUGAAGAGAACGCACUUCCUGAGUCAAAGAGUGAGCCAAAAUGCCUGCCUUAA